AUGCAUAACAAUGACAUUUUGUACAAGAUUACAAUUUACAAGACAGACGUAACGUCGAACAAAGACUUGGUAAGGCAACAGUUUGGACAAUCCAUCAUUGUUUCAUUUUCUGCCAGAGUUCGGGACAAUAAAUCAUUUUUGGGACCAACCGCUGCAAUUGUUUUUGAUGAGAUUGUAGUAAAUAAUGGCGAUGCUUAUGACCCUUAUACGGGUGUUUUCACAGCACCGGUAGAUGGGGUCUACCAUUUUGCCUCAACUGUACUGUCUGGUUUCAACUCAACUAUUGAAACCAUGUUAAUGGUUAAUGGCGAGGAAGUUGGCCGAAUGUUUUCUGGGGCGUUCUUGAGCCGUGGUUCCGGUACCAACAACGUGUUAGUUAAUCUAAAAGAAGCCGAUGAAGUCUCUGUCAACGUGUUUUAUGGUAAUGGUGAUUAUGUUCAUGGACUGUGGAGUACCUUUAUGGGUUACCUAAUCAAUGCUUUGUAUUAAAUAUUUUAUAAAUAUUAGACACACGUUUAUCAAAGAAACAUUAAAGCAAGGUUAUAUCUUCUGAAAAUACAGACAUACAUGUACGGUUUAGGAUCGGUUUCUCAUAGAUGUUUUAAACAUAAUCACAGUUGAAACCUGUACAUAAUUCUAGAACGCCACAUUCGAUGUAUUAAUGUUCGGCUACGCAUCUACUGAUUUUAACCUUGGAAUAUCACCAGACUUUAGCCUUACAAUGUAGCCCGACUUUAACCUUACUAUACAGACUUAGUAUUUUUUGAUUAAAAUGAAAUUGUACUGAAUAUGAACGAACACCUUUUACAUGGCAUAUACUUUAUAAAACACAAUGUCUGCUUUUCGAUGGAAGAUAUCGAGUAGCAAAACUUCUACUCGUUAAAUACGUUACUUUAUGUGUAACUGGUAAAUUGUGGUGAAUUUAUGGACAGCUAAUUUAAUUGCCUAUGAUAUACAUGUACUGUAUUCACAUAAAACAUAACAGGUUGAACUGGUUCAGCAACAUCAGUCUGUGUACUGCCUCCUCGUUUAAGAUCAUGCUCUAUUCACUGUGAUAGUACUUUUGUUACUAUUAAAAUAUAUGCUGAUCAGAUAGAGAUUUUGAAAAAUAGUGUAAUUUAUACCUGUGCCCUAUCGUCUUGUCGGUUUUUCCAUUUAUUUAUAACGUCAUAUCAGUUAUCAAUGAACUAGUCUAGCAUGGCUUAAAUAUAGAUUAUUCUCAAUAGGUUGUAACCGCUAUAAAUCUUUAAUGACUUAAAAACAACCUUAAAUUGAUUAAUAUAUGCUUUUUAACGACUCAGACCAAAUAAGCAUGUUUUUUGAUUGACCUCGGAUAUGAUAUUAUGAUACAUCUAACGCUCGUUUAUAUAGUAAUAAAAAUACUGAGCUAUCACAUGAAUUUGAAAUGAUACUUCUUCCUUCAUCUGGACCAAAAUGUACAUUUCUCUAUUUCGUUUGUGUUUAAUUUUUGAUGCCAUUACGUUAAUCGUAUAGAGCCUUUUCUAUCACUAAUGGAAAUAACACACAGAUUAAGCCGAAUCAGUACAUUAAGAGCUCGGUGAGUUUCAUUCCCAUUUUGAGGGCAAAGGGUUUAUGAAAGUAUCCAGUUUUUGUAUUUUUGAGUCUUUUGAAUUAAAUUCUGGUCGAAUUUUCAAAAUAAAAAAUAAUUUUCAGUAA